AUGUCGUCCUCCACGCUGACCUCGAUGACAAGCACACGCACUCUCAUCCGAGCUGCUGCCAAUCUCGAGGCAUGUCGCACCUUUGCAUCAUCAUCGUCAGCCUCCUCUCCCGCCUCUUCAUCGACAGCAACUUCCUCUUCUUCAUCGGCGAGACUAUCACGUCGAUCUGCACGUUUCACAGCUCGACCCGGCGCAGACAUGGUCGGCCCAGCCGAUCCGAUCAGCAAUCUUCGGCCCAUCCGAUAUGGCUCUGCUUUCGAAGAGGUUUCAUCCCAUACGUCCUCUUUGGCUGCGCACGCCUCUGGCUCAUCAGCAGCGCUGAGCAUGUCACAUCCCUACUCUCUCCACGAAUUCACUACGUCAGGAGAUUCUAGCCUUGGCUGGUCUGGCACCGCACACUCUCGUCGAAGGAAAGCCAAGUCAGCUUCACUCUACUUCGAACGGCUUCUUGCAAAACUCGAGGAAGCCGAGCUGGCGCAUAAGCUUCGUAUGGCAAGGGCAGACAACUUCAACCAACGCUUCUGGCAGGACAAUAACGCCCGCUUCAUUCGGGCACUCUCCGAAUUCCGAUCGCGGACUGGCUCGAGCAAGGCGGUUGCAACACUACCGGCCGCAUCCUCAGCAAAUGGCAAUCAAGCAGCUGCUACGUCUCAGCAGCAGGGACAAGAGUCCGAACUGGACUUGGAUUCGGACUCGCUGGCCACCUUCUACUCGGCUUGGCUCAAGGCUAAUGCUGCCCGUCACCGCGCAUACAACAGGCAACUGUGGUUGCAAACGUUUGGAGACCUGGCUCCUGCUGCUAGGUACCAGUGUCUGCGUGCUUGGGCAAAGGUUGUCGGCGCCAUCGAACGUAGAUUGGGUCGUGUGGGCUGA